GUAGUAGCAAGUAGUCGCGGUCAUAGACGGAGUGGCAGUGGCAGUACACCUAUUAGCAGCGGCCAUGGGCGUGGAAAUGGGAAUAGCGGAGGCCAAGGUGCUGGUCGUGCAGCGCGAUGCAGGCGGCAAGCGGCAGGCGAGAGGCGAGAAGCGAGCGGCGAGCGGCGAGCAAAGUCCGGAAGCGGAGAUACGAAGUAGUCCCGGGUGGGGAGUGGCAGAGGCGACGGCCACGCCCACAGCACCAGCCCCGACGAGCGUUGACAACAAGCCCACCUACCCUCUCUUCCCCUUCCCCGUCGCCUCGCGCACCCUAGGUACAUGCGGUAGAUAGACACAUGGCAUGGGAAUGGCAAUGGCCCCUUCCACCUGCCGUCUUGGAGUGGUUCGUCGGGUGCAUUGCCCUGCUGCCAUGCCCCUCGUAGCGCGUCCCAGUCGAGAUAACGUGCCGCCAACUGUCUUCGACACGGCCCAGACUCCAGAUGCAGCUG